AUGUCGAAUUUAGAUCUAAGUGGAUCAAAGAAAAGGAAGAGAAAUGACCAAAGGGUUUUUAAGUUCAAGACUUUUGGUGAACAAGGGUUUCCUACAGAGUUCAUAGAGUGUAACUUUGAACAAAAUGUUAAACUUCUUUUGGAAUUUGCACAGCAAGAAGAAAAUGGUGAUCAUGCCAUGGCUAUCUGGUCAUUUCAGCUGGAAGUUCAUCGACAUCCGCCGAUGCAUAUAUUCCUGUUUGUUGUUGAAGAACCAGUUGAAUUGUCCCUCAAUCCUCAUUGCAAACACUGUCAAUAUAUAGGCUGGGGAAACCAUCUGAUCUGCAACAAGAAGUACCAUUUCCUGUUGCCUUCAAAGGACACAGUAGCAGCUUGUUUGAGGUAUGAUAAUCAAGGAGCUGGCAGUAACCAAAACACUUAUAAUACAAAUGGUGGUGCAGUAGUAGGAGAAAUUAGAAGUAAGUCGUCGAAUUUGAUUGAAUUAGAGGGUCAUAUAAUGCAUGGUGUGUUUCACUCUAAUGGUUUUGGGCAUUUGCUAUGUAUCAAUGGUUUGGAGACUGGUUCUGACUUGCCUGGCCACUCUAUCAUGGACUUCUGGGAUCGCCUUUGCAUUGGACUACGUGCAAGGAAAGUGAGCUUAAGGGAUAUCUCACAGAAGAAAGGCAUGGAUCUAAGGCUACUCAACACAGUGGCCUAUGGUGAGCCAUGGUUUGGACAUUGGGGCUAUAGAUUUGGCCGUGGAAGCUUUGGAGUAACUCAAGAAACAUAUCAAAGUGCAAUCAAUGCCAUACAAAACAUGCCAUUAGCCUUAUUAGCACAUCACAUAAAUAAUCAUGAGAUAUUAACAGUGUUAUCAAGGUACCAAAUGUUAUCAGGUCACACAUUAGUCACACUUUGUGACACCUUUCAUUUCAUGCUGGAGCUCAAAUCGCGAAUUCCAAAAGAAAGUAACCUUAGCUCGUGUUACCCUGGGCUAUUGGUAGAUAACACAUGUAGAUGGUCACCUAAACGCGUUGAGAUGGCUAUUAGGGUUGUUGUGGAAGCCCUAAAAAGAGCUGAAUCGCGGUGGAUUUCUAGGCAAGAGGUUCGUGAUGCUGCUCGUGCUUACAUUGGUGACACUGGAUUACUAGAUUUCGUGCUCAAGUCAUUGGGAAAUCAUAUUGUUGGGAAGUAUUUAGUUCGUCGAUGCUUAAAUCCAGUAACCAAAGUUUUGGAAUAUUGUUUAGAGGACAUAUCUAAAGCAUUCCCUAAGCAUGAUCAAGGUUUUUGGGUUAAUGACUCAAAAGGGAAUCAACAAUACAAAAUUACAUGGGUUCAACUUAUGAAGGACAUAUAUUUCUUGUACAAGAAUAUCCUAAAAGAGAUCAAGGGAAUGCCUAAUUACACAGGCAUCUUUGCUGCAAUCCCAACAACUUCUCGAAUAAUCUUGGACGCGAAAUACUUCCUCAAGGAAUAUAAAGGGGAGUCCGAUUCAAGAAUUGAAGUUGAUAAAUCAAAGAUUUAUUGUGCAAUUAUGUUGGUAACCAAGAAUGGAUUUGGGGUUGAAGAAAAAGUAAUGACCCCAUUUGAGUGCUUCAUAUUAAGAAAAGAUGUCACAUUUGAUGAGCUAAUGAUUGAAGUGGAAAGAACAUUUGGGAAUAUCUAUUGGGGACUAAGGAACUUUGCCAUAAGAUCAAUUAACAAUUUGAGUCCUAUUAUUGGUACAGAAUUGUUUUUUAAUGUGAUGAAACCUGGAAACAAGAUUGUUUUAGGAGGGGUUAUGUCCAAUAUUGAUCAUAAUAAUAUAGGGAUAUUUGAAGGAAUUAAGGAUAAUAUUGUUGUGGAUUGCCUUUGUGGGACAAAAGACGAAGAUGGUGAAAGGAUGGUUUGUUGUGAUAUUUGUGAAGUUUGGCAACACACUCGUUGUGUUAAUAUCCCAAACCAAGAAGCUAUUCCAGAUAUAUUCCUUUGUAGUAAGUGUGAGCAAGAUAUCCUACAAUUUCCUUCACUGCCUUAG